AUGGGAAACGAAACUUACUUAAACACCAGAGCUGCGAGAUACAUUGAAACCCAACAAUUGACCUCAAAAUGUCAACAUUUAUUACGAUAUCUGGACAGUGAUGGAUGGUGUAAAAAAUGUACAAUGAAAUCUGUAUCCAGUGGUCAUUUAGGAAUCGAUAAAUUCAUCAAACGAACUCAAAGCAAAGCAAAUAAUUGUAGGGUUGAUUGUUUUACUUUGUCACGUAAAAGUCGAGUGCAAUGCCCGCGCAGUGAUGCGAUCACCGUUGCACUUAAAAGCAUUAAAAAUUCUCAAGAAAUGACCGAUGAUUAUAUAAAACGGUUAAAAUCUUAUUAUAGAUGUAGUUUGUCCUCAAAAAAAAGGGAACAAUCUUUGUUGAAAUUUUAUGGUUUAACUCGUGAUCCAUCUAACGGAGAAUAUAUGUUGGUCAUUCAAUACACGGAAUAUGGAAACAUACGUACUUUAUUAAAUACGAACUUUUCUUCAUUUCAAUGGUCCGAAAAGGUCUGGUGGCUUUGUGAUAUAGCUUCAUAUUUGCUUACCAUUCAUAAAGCUGGUUACGUUCAUGGUAACAUUCAUCCGGGAAACAUUUUACAAUUGGGAAUUAAUCAAAGAGAAACUUCUUCGACCUUGGUUGAUGCUGGAUUAUCUUUACCCGCAAAUCAUUAUUCAACAAAGGUUAAUAAAAAAGACAUUUAUGGGGUUCUACCAUAUAUGGCACCUGAAGUGAUUCUUGGACAUCCCCCCACAAAAGAAUCAGAUAUCUAUAGUAUAGGAAUGUUAAUGAUCGAAUUAUCAAAUGGUUUACCUCCCUAUUCUGAUCGUAAACAUGACUCACGAUUGGCCUUGGAAAUAGUUAAAGGUUCACGUCCACAAAUUUCUCAAAAUUUACCACAAGUUUAUAUUAGAUUAGCGUUAGAUUGUUGUAGUUCAAAUCCUUCUUCACGUCCAAAUGCUAAAGAAUUAUUAUACGUUUUUAGUGAAUGGUGGACAUGUAUCAAUAAUACUGGUGAGAAAGUAUUUCAAAUACAAAAGGCUUUUAUGGACGCUGAUGAGGUUUUACCAACGUUGGAACUUGUCAAGAUGAAUACUCUCGUAAAAAAUUCUGAUGCUUUUUAUACUAGUAGAUUACUAAAAUUUGAAGAUGUAUUAAAAAGAGUUAGCAGUGGAAGCUAUUUUUCUAUAAAUUAUGAUGAUGACGUUAUAUAA